AGCCUCUAUCAGCAGGGGACAAACUCACACUCCGACACACACAGAUUAGCGCAGGCCUGUCGUACACACAACACUCUCUUCCUGGGAUAUGAACCCUCUCGUCCUCACCUGCCUCCUAUGCUUCGUAGUCUGCGGUGCUCCUGGUACUCGGGGAUCUGAAGCCACCUUCUCCGGUGAACUAGCUGGAGUGACUGGGGGUCCGGCCUCCGGGGAGGGCCUCCAGAGUUUGCUGACCGACGAUGACGAACUGGAAGUAGACGAGGAGCUUUCAGGAGGCGACAACGAAAACUUCAGCCUUCACGAAUUGCAACCCAGCAGAGAUGAGAGAAAGAAAAAGAGAGGCAGAGGCAAGAAGAGGAACAAGCAGAGGAGCAAAAGCACCACUCCUUUCAACCCUGAGCACACCUUCCUCACCAGCGGAUACUCAUCGACUCUCACCACCGCAGAGGAUCCCUGCACCUCCACCCACCUGGGCUACUGCAUUCAUGGCUACUGCAAGCAUAUAGAGGGCCUGCAGGAGCCGGUGUGCAUAUGUAUGAAGGGUUACGACGGGGAGCGCUGUGGGAUCCAAACUCUGAAGACGAUUAAGAACGCGUCCGAUCAGGGCGCCAAUAUUGAGUUGGUGCAGACGGUCUUGGUGAUCAUUGCCGUGGUCCUGUCAGUCAUCAGCUGCACCGCAAUCCUGCUCAUGACCUGUGCUCAUUACAGGUCACAUAAAAACUUCCUGGCAUCCUACCUGGGAACUGGGUCGGAGCAGGAGAAGCUACAGAAACCCGUGGGUGACGUCGUGGUGUGAGGGCGUAGAGUUACAAUGAGCCAGCCGCAGGAUUCAAAGACGAAACAGACGAAGGAGUCUGAGCACCUGAGAAAUGCCGUAGAGUGAAUCAAGUGCUUUAUUAGAUGCUGUGUAACAAAUACUUGUUAGAAUGUAAUUUAUUUAGUGUGAUUAUUUAUUGCUAAAGACUGUAUGAGUGUUUGUAUGUUGGACUAUUGUUAUGAUAUCUUUUAUGUAUGCUGAGCAUUCAGUCCUUUGAUGUUCUGUAGGUUCGUUUUUAUUUAUUGCACUGCUGUUGUUAUAGGUCAGAGAAACGCUCUUCAUCUCUCUCUGGAACAGGGAUGGAAUUUGA